AUGAGGCCAGGACUUGGGCUGGUGAGAUCAUUGGGGGGAAAGAAAGCGAAGCCCCACUCCAGACCCUACAUCGCCUAUCUGUCUAUAAGACAUGGAAACAGGAAGUACAUCUGUGGAGGGUUCCUGGUGGCGGAGAACUUCGUGCUGACGGCUGCUCACUGCAAUGGAGAUGAGAUUAUCGUCAAGCUGGGAGCCCAUAACAUAAGACUAUGGGAAUGGAAACGACAAAAGAUCCCCGUGUGCCACUGGAUACCUCACCCGCAAUACGACAAAAAGCCCCAUAACAAUGACAUCAUGCUGCUGCAGCUGGUGAAGAGAGACAAGCUGAAUAGACGGGUGAAAACCAUUGACUUGCCCUGUGCCAAUGAGACAGGCGACUCUGGGGGCCCCCUGAUAUGUGGUCAAACAGCCCAGGACAUCAUCUCUUGGGGAUCUGAGGAUGGGAUUCCCCCCGGGGUGUAUACAAGUGUCUCCACCUUCAUCCCCUGGAUACAGGAGAUGAUGAAGAGGCUGCAGCCCUGA